UAUUCUAUGUAUUUCUUUUUUGACAGAGUUGAGCAGCUGCUGAAGUUGAGACGCUUAGCCACAAAGAUGAAUGAUCCAGAGCACCAAGCACUGAUGAGAGACCAUGAAGUUGAAACCCACGAAGCCCUUUACUGCAAAGCCCUGGCAAAGACUCUACAAGAGAUUGACCCGCCAGUGACAGUGGGAUUUUACGCACCAUGGGGAAGAAACAAAAGAAGACUAUUGGAUGAAAUUGAAAGCCACAUGCCCACGGAGGGAGAGGAAAGUGGAAGAAAGUAUUCCCUGCUUUCACUCAUUUGGCAUAUGCUUCUAUGUUACCCUGCUUCCGGUUCUGAAGUACUCAAAGGUACCCGGUACAUCUUCAUCCAUUUCGAUGCCUGGGAGUAUGUGGGAUGUGACCACAUCUGGGCUGGGAUUCUUACAGCGCUGCUUGAUGGAAUUGAAGGAAAAAACAAAGCACUUUUUACAACUUAUAUGAUCCUUGAUGGGCAAUCUUUGAAAAAAACUAAGAGAAAGAAAUGGGUUUUUAAAGGAUGGGCGAAGUUCUUCAUUCCUGUUAUAAUAGGUUUGAUUCUUCUUUUACUAGCAGUUAGCAUGUUGAUAAAGGAAGAUCAUUUAAAGUCGCUCUUUGGAUCCACUGCUUUAGUAGGGGCUAUUCUGUUUAUCGCUCCUUUCAUACAUGUAAUGACAAAGUACUACUACACACUUAAAAAGAAGCUUCAGAUAGAAAUUGACAGAAACACCCUCAGUGCCAAGAUGGGCUUCAUGAACUUUGUGAAAGAAGAAGUGGAAACCAUAGCUAAUUUCCUCCAGUUCCUGGGAUGGAUAGAGAAGCGAGAGAUCCUGGUGGUCCUUAAGAUCAUCAAUUUGGACAGGUGCACUCAGGACAAAGUGGUGGAUGUUCUGGAUGCCAUCAACAUACUUCUUUCCAACAAGGAUGCCCCAUUUAUCUCCAUCUUGGCUGCUGAUCCAAGCAUCCUUGUGGAUUGUAUUCAGAAACAAAAGAAAAACACGAAUGGCUACUUGUACUUAGACCGAAUUGUGUCCUUGCCCUUCUCCCUGCCGCAGAUGACUCCCAAGGACAAAUUAAGGCUGUUUAAUGAGAUUCUGAAGGUGGAUUAUGAGAAUCCAGCUGCAUGCUAUUGUGAAGAAAACAACAUCAAGAUCACAGUAGUAGGUUUAGGAGACCCCAGCUGUAGCGAAAAGUUAAGUAUUUGUAAGCACCUGAUGAAUAAUGAAUACAUUCCAGGGAAUUCUGCGCAACUGACGAGGGUGGUGAACACAGUCCUGACCAUCUUGUCCAUCACCAAGCUGGAAUCGGAGGCUCCUUGGAAAUAUGAGGAAAAAAUUGACAUCAGACAGGUGAUAGACUGGGUUGUUCUUUCCAACUGCUGGCCUUGCCGCCUGAGCUGGAUUUUGCAAUGUUUGGAUGAUGCCCGAUACCAAAGAAAGCUUGAGGAGAGCCAGAGGAGGGAAGCUGAUAGACAAGGAAGAAAUCUGCUAUGGAGGGAAACAGAGGAAGAUGGCAAAACAUUACUGGAGAUUUAUGAUGAAAAUGAGCCAGCAUUGGCUAAGAUUAAGAAUGAUAUCCAAAACCUUCUGGAACUGGAUGGAGAUCCAGAUCUUUUCAGAAGCUUCCUGGUCACCAGGUCCCAUAUCACAGCAAAGUGGGCCAGAUAUUUGGCAAAUUACCUGAUCAGUUUGGAUCUCUCUUUGAAAAGGCCGUUUGAGUUGCUACGGGGCCUGAACAGCAUAACAGCAGAGGAAGAAAAAGCAGAGAAAGGAACAGUAGAGGAAAAGGCAGCAAGUCACCAUCCAUUGAGGGGAGAAAGACUUUGUGCUGGCAAUCAGGCAAUGGCUUUUCCCACCUGCCUUGCCCGGUGCCCCACCUCUAGAAGUAUUCUUCAUAAGGAAGCUGUUCUGAGAGGAAGAAAUGUGAGGGGGGAAAGACUCUGUGCUGGCCAUGAGGCAAUGGCUUUUCCCACCCGCCUUACCCGACGCCCCAGCCCUAGAAGUCUCCUUCAUACGGGAGGUGUUUUCAAAAGAAGAAUUAUGAGGGGGGAGAGACUUUGUGCUGGCCUUCAUUUGGGUGAUUAUAUCUUGGGAGUGCUGGAUCCAGGGGAUUUGAUCAUGAGGCAGUAA